CGGGAGGCGGCCUCGCCUUCCUAGUCAUGGUUUGCCGUGUUUGCCUUGCCCGUUGUGCCGCGGAAAGCAGCUUUGCAGGAUGUGAAGCAGCGAGCUGCGACGCGCGUCGAGGACACCGCGAAGGAGAGACGAGGCCAUUCGAGGGGACGCGAGGGGAGGGGGCUCGAUUCUUGCACAGACAAAAGCGAGCAGCAGACCGGAUCAGACACGACCAGGAGAGACGGACAGAGGAGAGGGACCACGACGAGGAGAAAAUUUUUCGGAGCUUAUGAGGUUGUGAGCAAGUCAGUGCGGCCAGUAGAGGCCAUUUGUAAGAGCCAUAGAAAUCGGUGAUGGCUUCCCUUCAGUGCACUUUACUGAACCAAGCGUCCAAAGUAGCAACCAUCUCGGCACAGCGAUGUGACAACCAAGGCGCAGCUCUCACAGCUGCCACUUUUCCGAAGAAACAGGGAUCACGUGCUUUUGUGCGAGUACUUCCUACGUGCUCGCUUAGUUCCAGUUCUGUGUACGGUCGUAGCUUGCGAAACGGAGUUCACCAGCGAAGAAAUGGAGCUUGGAGUCCUCUACCAGCGAAACCACCGAAGUCUGUCGUACGAGCCUCCGCUGCAGACGGGGAAGAUUCCAGUGAGGAUAUGUCACAGGAAUUGAACUCGCCAGCAGGGACAUGUGAUCCAUUAUGUUCAGUCGAUGAGAUGAGUUCUUCAGACUUCCAAGAAAAUUACAAGCCGAAAACUGAUCUCCUGAAGGCGGUCGCUGUCGGAGCAGCUGUUCUUACUGGAGCAGCCGUGGUCAACCACUCGUGGGUAGCUGAAAACCAGAACUUGGCAAUGGCAGGAGUCUUCGUACUUGGGUAUGCUGGGAUCAUUUUUGAAGAAAAUCUAACUUUUAACAAAAGUGGAGUGGGGCUCCUGAUGGCUGUCACUUUGUGGACUAUUCGAAGCAUUGGGGCUCCCUCAACUGAAGUGGCAGUUCAAGAACUAGCAGUGUCUUCUCAAGAAGUAAGUGAGAUCGUUUUUUUCCUGCUUGGAGCGAUGACAAUUGUGGAAAUCGUGGACGCGCAUCAGGGUUUCAAACUUGUUACCGACUCCAUUACGACACGGAAGCCUCGACUUCUUCUUUGGGUGAUUGGGGGUAUCACAUUCUUUCUGAGUUCUGUUCUUGAUAACUUGACCUCAACUAUUGUAAUGGUUUCUCUCUUGAGAAAGCUUUGCCCCGACGUCGAGCGUAGGAAGCUUCUUGGAGCUGUGGUUGUCAUUGCUGCAAAUGCUGGUGGGGCAUGGACCCCCAUUGGAGAUGUGACGACAACCAUGCUGUGGAUUCACGGACAAAUUUCAACUGUUAGGACAAUGCAGGAUCUGUUUAUACCAUCAGUUGUUUCACUUCUUGUCCCGUUAGCCCUCUUGACUGCUUUCAGUGAUAAAGAUGACGACAAAAAGGAAGUCCGUCCAGUAAUGACAAACGAGCAAUUAGCACCAAGGGGCCGAUUGGUCUUCGGUGUGGGUCUUGGUGCUCUCCUAUUUGUUCCUGUCUUUAAGCAGUUGACAGGUCUGCCACCUUAUCUUGGUAUGCUCCUAGGUCUCGGUGUACUCUGGAUCAUCACAGACGCAAUUCAUUAUGGUGACACAGAGCGCCAAAGACUGAAAGUGCCCCAAGCAUUGUCGCGAAUAGACACACAAGGAGUCUUGUUUUUCCUCGGAAUCCUCCUUUCCGUGGGCAGCUUACAGGCCGCAGGUCUUCUCCAAGAGUUGGCUUCCUUUUUGGACCAGAACAUACCAAGUGUAGAGCUCGUGGCAAGCAUUAUUGGCGUUGCCUCAGCCAUUAUUGACAAUGUGCCUCUGGUAGCAGCCACUAUGGGCAUGUACAAUUUGGAUACUUUCCCAAUGGACGACGAGUUGUGGCAACUCAUUGCGUAUUGUGCGGGCACGGGAGGCUCAAUCCUUAUCAUCGGAUCUGCAGCUGGAGUGGCAUUCAUGGGCAUGGAGAAAGCUGACUUCUUUUGGUACCUCAAAAAAGUUAGUGGAUACGCUUUUGCUGGGUAUGGUGCCGGUAUUGCAACAUACCUCGCCUUUUACCAUCUGCAUGAGAAUCCAGUGGCCUCCGUGUUGGGACAGCUCCCUUUUAGUCCCUGAGCGUAACAGAUUAUGCUGGAAUGACCUGCGAUUCUGGUGAAGCUCUGCUGGCCACGCUAUAGCUUUGCUUCCCUUCUUACUUCAGUGUAAUUAAUUGAACUACGAGUCUCCAUUUUACAAAUCACGCCACGUAGAGCGACCAGUAAUGAGUAUGUCCUUAUGUGCGCAUGACAAUAACGGUUUUUGAGAAGCCAAAGGAUAGAGAUUGCAACGAUAUUCGGGCAACGGUAUUUAUAGCUGACAUUUCAUUUUUGAUCGAUAAAUUUUGGAUUAUACCUACCAAGAGCGUUCUUGAAUGUCAAGUUUCUCUGCUUGAAGAACGUAUACUAAUGAAAUUUUACAGAGGUAGAACUUAGCAUGUGUAUACCGUAUCUGACAAUGUCGUCACGUUAUUCAAACUGGAUUUCGGAGGAUUUGAGAUCAAUCAUACAGCGGUCUACGGUAGCCUCAAAGGCCGUGCACAGCUAACUAAAUAACACCUUUUGUAUACUAGAUUGUGAAGAGGUGCAGUAUUUAAAGGAGGGAAAGAAACUUCCUUUGAUUUCACUU